AUAUGGCGAUGAUGAGAUACGCCGUGGUAUAUAGGUCAGAGGCGGCCUCGAGGAAUGGUCGUCGUGGCCCUUCUCCACACGAGGUCUAGACAUGCUGUCGUGGAUGCUACUCCCCGCUUUCUUCGGCCUCGGGCCAAGUCUUCUCAGCGCGGCUGCCGUGCUCACGGCGCCGACGCCUGAGAUCUCCACCCAGUCCUACACCUGGAAGAACGUCAGGAUCGGUGGUGGCGGCGGAUUCGUCCCCGGCAUCGUUUUUAACCCUACCGAAAAGGGCUUGGCAUAUCUUCGUACGGACAUCGGAGGUGUCUACAAGUUGAACUCGGACGACUCAUGGACGCCCCUGGUCGACUUUGCCGACAACACGCACUGGGACUACUGGGGCUCUGACGCCCUUGCGACGGAUCCAGUCGAUACCCAGAGACUGUACAUUGCUGCGGGCAUGUACACAAACUCUUGGGACCCAAACAACGGCACUAUCCUCGCCUCCACGGAUCAAGGCAAGACCUUCACCGAGUCGUCUCUUCCCUUCAAAGUCGGAGGCAACAUGCCCGGACGUGGCACCGGAGAGAGGCUGGCAGUCGACCCCCACAGCAACAACAUUCUGCUCUUCGGCGCCCGAAGCGGGCACGGUCUAUGGAAGAGCACAGACUUUGGCGCAACCUGGACGCAAGUCACCAGCCUUCCGGACUCAGGCACGUACGCACCGGACCCGACGGAUAGCAGUGGCAUCAACAGCGACCCGACUGGCGUUACGUUCGUCACCUUCGACUCGACAUCCGGUGCUACCGGACAGGCUACACCCCGGAUCUUCGUCGGUGUGGCCUCUGUCGGGUCUCCCAACAUCUUUGUAUCCGACGACGCUGGCCAGAGUUGGAGCGCGAUCCAGGGUACGAACUCUAGCUGGAUGGCCCACAAGGGCGUCUUGUCCCCGAAGGAAGGAGCCCUGUACCUGUCUACCUCUGACGGUGUUGGGCCCAAUGACGGUACCAUCGGUGCACUGUACAAAUACGACAUUGCUAGUGGCAACAUCACGAAUAUCUCCCCUGUAUCUGGCAGUGACCUCACCUUCGGCUUUGGUGGACUUGCCGUUGAUCUCCAAGAGUCGGGCACCGUCAUGGUCGCCGCGCUCAACAGCUGGUGGCCCGACGGACAAGUCUGGCGCACGACAGACGGCGGCUCGACCUGGUCGCCGCUGUGGGAGUGGGAGGACUACCCGGUGCUGAACAAGUACUACGCGUACGACGACUCGCUCGCGCCGUGGAUCGGGCCCGACUACACGAACCCGGCGAUCAUACAGCAGAUCGGCUGGUGGAUGGAAGCGCUCGCGAUCGACCCCUUCGAUUCCAACCACUGGCUGUACGGCACGGGCGAGACGGUCUAUGGCGGGCACGACCUCCUUGACUGGGAUACAGUACACAACGUCACGCUCAAGUCCCUCGCAGACGGGAUUGAGGAGGACGCAGUGGAGGGCUUGAUCUCGCCCCCCGCAGGCCCGCCUUUGUUGUCCGCUGUUGGCGAUAACGGAGGCUUCGUACAUCUCAAUUUGGACACUGCACCUACGGCGGCUGCUCGAUUCAGCCCCUUGUGGUCCACCAAUGUAGACCUCGACUUUGCCGGGAAUGUACCCGCUACCAUGGUUCGCAUUGGAAACAGCAACGGUGAAUUCGCCCUGUCAACAGACGCCGGAAACACCUGGUCGCAGAAUAUCGGUGGCACCGAUAAUGUGAAUAGCGGCAAGAUCGCCCUCAGCGCGAACGGCACCAACAUCCUGUGGAGCAGUGGAAACGCAGGCGUGCUGGUCUCCCAGUCGGGCAGUACGUUCGUCUCCGUCACGUCCCUGCCGUCCGGCGCCGCCAUCGCGGCAGACCGGAAGAACGACUCGGUCUUCUACGCCGCGGCGGGACCCGAGUUCUUCGUGUCGAAGGACGGCGGGUCGACGUUCGCCACGGCGCCCGGCACCCUCGCCGGCUCGACGUCGCCCGUCAAGGUCGUCGUCAACCCGAAAGCGUCCGGUGAUGUCUGGGUCUCGACGGACAAGGGCCUCUUCCACAGCACGAACACCGGCGCGAGCUUCGCCGCCGUCUCCGGCGUCACACAGGCAUGGGCCAUUGCGCUCGGCGCGCCCGAGAGCACGAACAGCUACCCGGCGGUCUUCGCCGCGGCGAGCCUCAGUGCGGGCAGCGGCGGAGGCGUCGGGUACUACCGCUCCGACAACGAGGGCGAGACGUGGGUGAAGAUCAAUGACGCCGCCCACGGCUUCGGCUCGGUCAGCAGCAACGUGCUGACCGCCGACCCACGUGUAUACGGACGCGUCUAUGUCGGGACGAACGGAAGGGGCAUAUUCUACGGCGACAAGUCAUAAAUGGGGUCGUGACGAGUAGGGAUGCGGUUUGUAAGGUACACGAGGAGAAUUCGGAAUGUGGUAGUCUAUACGCUCUAUACAGUGAAUUACGUUGUGCGGUAACCCAGGAUCAGGAUCAAGAAGAAUCAAAGCGUGGGAGGAAGAACCAAAGCUUUGAGCUACCGCUGAGGAAUGACGGCGUUCGCCGUUUGGUCUCUCACGCUCUUGACAAACCGGAUGGCACUGGUCCCACCCGUGCCCCUCGCAAUGUCUGCGUCCUGUCCGGCGCGCCUCGACGGGCCAACAAUAUAGAGGGUGACGAUCCGCACAUGCGCAUCCCUGAACACUUUGAGGGCCGAGACCGCGGUGUUAUACGCCUCCGUCAGCUUCGCAUCACCUGACGUCUCAACGAUGGCCCGCAGAGGACGGGGAUUCGCCUGCAGGUGGCUGAGGAACGACCGGUGGUGCCGGGGCAUGUACGACUUCAUGCGCUCGAGGAACGACGCGGGGUGCUUCUCCGGCUGCUCGGCCGGCUCCGCGCGGCCGGUGAGUUGCGACGCGUGCGAGUACCUGUCGACGCCGAGGAAGAUGUCGAGCGCGUGCACGAGCGAGCUCUGGCCUGCGCUGGGGCCAGACAGCUCGAGCGGCUCCUUGAGCUCCGGGUCGAGCUCCAUGCCCUCGAACACCCACUUCGGCGCGUUCGCGUCCGAGUCGACGCCCCGGAACCACGGGCGGACCUCGUGGUAGAACACCUGCGGGUCGCAGCCCUCGCGCACGGCGAGCAGCAGCUUCGUCAGAUCGCUGAUCACGCCCGCGAGCGAGUGCAGGUACGAGGUGAUGCGACGCACGGCGAUCUCGUCGCCCACGAACGCUUCGUCCAUCGUCGCGCGCAUCAGGGUGAGCGCUUCUACGCCCCGGAGCUCGAUCCGGGCAGACGCGAGGUAGAACUCUUCUUCGUCUCGUGUGCCGGUGAACAGCGUAAGGCAACGGAGAUUGUCGAGCGAUGGUGCGGGGGCAAGCGGUUCCGGACGCUUCGGGGCCCAGUUGUAGAGUACAUCGUCGGAAUAAGUGAGGACAGGUGGAAGUUGUAGGUGCUGGGAAACCUGCAAGAGAGGCACGGUGAUGGGCGGUGGUAUGCGAAUGUUCGGGGUCGAUGGCGGCAAUGUCCGAAUGUAAAAGUGCAUGAUCCAUGCUAGGACAUGAUGAGCGCGCCGUAGGAGCAGCUCUGACGCUUUGAGGUCCACGGUUGGGAGCACGGGCAUCUGCCGAACGCGAGCACGCCAUCGUUCCGAACGUGCCGUAUUAGCUUCUGACAAAUUAGGCUUUUCGCCAAGCUGCAGCUUGCCGUCUCGUGCGUCGUCAAGAAGCUCUUCCCAUGGCUCCCAGGCGGGAGGCAGGCGGGUCAAAGGCGGCUGUGGAGGCAUGAGCCCAGUACGCGUGUCAACGUCGAAGUCGUGAGCCGCUACUGUCGUAGUGUCAACGGUGCCGGCGGGUGGUCCGAAAGCAGCAUCCGGUCGCGGCUGAGCGAGGAAAUGCUCAGGGGGUAGAGCUUGCAAAAUGAGAUCGUGGAGGUCCGCCGACAUUGUGAAGGAUGACAGUAAAUAGGAAGCCAAGGAGUCUGAGAUCCGGAGGCGAUGCUGUGCGCGAGACAGCAAGAAAAGCCGGUGUGCUGUUGUGGUAUGGCGGAAAGGAGUGAAACAGGUUGCGCGUUUAGCAUAAUAAGCGCCAUGCUGCGACCUACUUCCAUCGCGUCGGAAUGGGUAGUCUCCAAAGGCCAUUGCCCUCGCUCAUGUCUAAGGCAGGUGUGUUAUCUUAUCUGAGCGAAAUGCUCUUCAGCCAUUCGGGGUCUGUUGGAGUACAUGGUCUGGAGGCGGGAACUUCAACGAGAUGCUGGCGCAUCGUACGACGAACUGCGAUGGCGGAUCUUGCAACAGCGUACCAUCUCCAAAGAAUGAAGAACAUGUGCCGCAUGACGGAAGGGGCAUUGAAAGCACCGCGCCCACUACAGUCUGCAUGACCACUUGGAUCAUUUGUCGCUGAGGUCGCUGUGCCUUGGGUGCCUCCCCGCCGAAUACGGUGGAUAUUAGACUUUAAGCUGGCGUUGUUUACUGCUCCGGCCGACACUGCGUCAUCGUGGAUGAUGGCCUUGGCAUGCGCAGGUGAUGUAUAGGCUGUACUGCUAGUGAUCAUAUGCACCACUUAGCAAACAUGACCCUGGAAAUGACUGCCCAGUGCGCAUCCAUCACACGUAAAAAAGGUAUUCCCAAUUGCUUCGGCCAUAGAUUCUUGGUCUACGCGU